GGCCUUGCCCAUAGCCAAGAUGGCGGCGGCCUGACAGAACAAGAAAGAGCCGAGGCGGAGCGGCGGUUGGCCUCUUCCCUUCUCCCCUCAUGACCCGCCGGGAUGCUCCGCUCGAGCGGCUUCCUCCGAGGCGUCGACUGCCCCUUCGGCUCCGCCUGCGGGAGGCCCUACUGCCACUUCCGGCACCCGCCGGGGCCUCCGCACGGCCAGCCGACCCAGGCCAGGCUCUCCCAAGCCAGGCCAGGCCAAGGAGGAGGCGGCAGCAGGAGCAGCAGGAGGCCCUCCGCCUCGGCAGCAGGGUGCGGCUAUGACCCUUACAACCCCGAGCUUCCCAAGCCCGUGUCGCAGAGCCGGAAUGGCUCCUUGGAAGAGAUCGCCGAGGCAGCUCCUGGCAUCCUGGAGCUUGAGCUGGUCAACAAGGCCAUCGAGGCCGUCAAGAAUGAAGUCGAGCGCGAGCAGAAGAAGUACGAGGAGCUCUUGGGGACGGCGAAGGAGUAUGGCUCUUCUGAGCCCCCUUCGCUCGUCUCCAAGCCCUCUGGGUCAGCAGCACCCAAGUCCUUCACUCCCUUGGAAUAUAACCCCGGGGGCUACAGCCCGGGUGGCAGUGCCGACUACAAUCCCACCCCCCUUGCAGUGGCCACUCCGAGCCGCUCCACCAAGUACACCUUGGAUUCCUUCGACAAAGCGAAAGGCAAGGGCAGCUCACUGGAGUACGUGCCCACAGUGGUCACCCAGCCCAAGAAGUACAGUUGCACAGUUGCCAAGAGCAAAUACACCCUCGACAACUCCAAGCCGUCCACGGACUUGGAGUACGACCCUCUUUCGAACUACUCCGCCCGGCUCCUGAGCAAAGCCAAGGAGCAGAGAGGGGCCAAGAGGAAAAGGGAGGCCGACCCCGAGGAGGGGUAUUCGCCUUUUCCCAAGAAGCACUGCGACGCAGGGAGCGGCCCUGAGCCGGACGCCAGGUUCUCCGACUCGGAAGAGGAGCGCGAAGUGGCUCCUGUCUUCCCUUUGAAACUGAAAGGGGGUCUGGGAAGCAAGCCGGCAGACGGGGGAAAGGGGUCCCCGCGGGCCGAUUCCCGUUCUCGGCACAUGAAGGAGACGGCGGUGCAGUACGAUAUGGAGGACAUCGAGAGCAGCGUCAAGGACUCGCCGGAGGAGGGUGAAAAGUUCACCAAGGCGUCCCCCAAAAGGGACAUGAGCGUGGGGAAGCGAGGCCCGAAGGAUAAGCUGAAAGAUAAGGCCGUCGGCGGCAACGCAGCGGACGGCAAGAGGGAGCGUGGCAAGGUUGCAGACAAGGAGAAGGCGGAAGCGAAGGCUCAGCGCAGAAAUGGAGAGAGGAGCAAGGAGAAGCACGGCAAGCCCCACGCCGACGGGCGCUCGAGGAAGCAGGACGAGCACCCCAAGGCUGCGAAAGCAGGGAGCUCUGGCACGUGCAAGAAGGUCACGCAAGGACCCAGAGCAAAGACAGUGGGCAGCGUGAAGAAAGACGGCAAGCUGAAUCCCCCUGGGGGCUUGAGACCCAAGACCACCGAGGCUUCGCAGGCCGAACGCAAAGACAAGCAGGGGAAGCGGCCCAUCUCGAAGGAUCCCAAGGAGAGCCCCGGAGCCAAGUGCAAGGCGAAACGGCGGGCUCUGAGCCACGCCGACCUCUUCGGGGAUGAGAGCGGGGAUGAAGGGCAAGCAGGGCAGCCUCACCCCGUGGCCUUCCGGGAUGUGAGCUCGGAUUCGGACCAAGACGACAGCUGCUGCUUCCCUCCACCCCGGGACAAUGGGGUGAUGAAGCGCCCUAAGGUGCCCAAAGCUCCUCCUCCUCCUCCUUCCUCCUCGUCCUCUUCUUCCGAUGAGCUUGACUAUUCGGUGCUGGAGAGGGACGUGGACUUCGAGUCCGACCCCAUGGAGGAGUGUCUUCGGAUUUUUAACGAAUCGACCGACGUCAAGACGGAAGACAAAGGCAGGCUGGGGAAGCAGCCGUCAAAAGAGGAAGGGGCCGAGGAAAAGCCGGCAGAAGACUGUCUAACCACGCUCUUUCCUGGACAGAAGCGGAGGAUCUCCCACGCGAUGAAGCCAGGGAACGCUGAGGCCCCGACCAAGCCGGUCUGCCGCCCGUACCGGCCCCCGACGGCCCAAGAGGUGUGCUACCAGCGAAUCCAGCUGGCCCAGAAGCAGGCGGCCCAGCUGGCCCGGCAGCUGCCCCCCUCGCGGCCGUCUCCGGCACCUGCGAGAGCCUCCGUGGCGAUGCACAAAGGGGAGAAGAAGCGGAUUGCUCACGUGCCCAACCCAGCUCUUCCUGCAGCGUCCAAGGGCGCCCUAGGAGGCCUCAAGAAAACCCCUUCGCCCGGGAGCACGGCAUCUUCCAACGGGGCCGAAGCCCUGUCCCUGAAAGCACGCACCCUCGCCGGGAUGGCCUCCAAGACAACCAACACGAACGUCCCCAAAAGGAUAGCCCAUGCUCCCACGCUGCAGAGUGCUACUUUGAAAAGGCCGGUGAUCCCCACCGAGUUCGGGGCAAAGGUCCCCACCAACAUCCGGCAGAGAUACCUCAACCUCUUCAUCGACGAGUGCCUGAAGUCGUGUACCUCCCAGCAAGAAGCGUUCGACAAGGCCCUGGCAGAGGAGAAGGUGGUCUACGACCGCAGCACCAGCCGCAACAUCUACCUGAACGUGGCAGUGAAUACCCUGAAGAAGCUGCGCAGCGCCCUUCCCAGCCCCGCACACAAUGAUCGCAGACUCGGCAACCGGAAGUUGGUGUCUCACGAGGCCAUGCUGGGAGGCAAGCUGGCAGCCAAGACCAGCUUCACCUUGAACCGCUCUGCGGCCGCUCAGUUGCGGGCGGAGGACCUGAAAGGGGCCUCCCUCUACCGCCGGCUCAAGGAGUACGUUUUGACAGAGGACGACCUGAAGGAGCAUGGGUACCCUCUGCCAUGCCCCGAGACGUCGGGCCGCGCCGUUGUCUUCAACGCGGAGGAGAAGAAAACGACUGACGGCUCCUGCAGAGUUUGCUGCCGCUGCGGCACCGAGUACAUGGUGACGCCGUCUGGGAACUGUGUCCGCAAGGAGGAAUGCGUCCACCACUGGGGGAAGUUGCGCAAGCAGAGAGUUCCCGGUGGUUGGGAAACCCAUUACAACUGCUGUUCCGGAGCGGUGGGUUCCCCUGGGUGCCAAGUCGCAAAACAACACGUUCACGACGGCAGGAAGGAGAACUUGGAGGGCUUUGUGAAGACCUUUGAGAAGAUGCCCAGCGCGGACGGCAACCCGGGCAUAUACGCCUUAGACUGCGAAAUGUGUUACACCAAGCAAGGCCUGGAGCUGACCCGGGUCACGGUGAUCAACUCGGAGCUGAAAGUCGUCUAUGACACGUUCGUCAAGCCUGACCACAAAGUCGUGGACUACAACACUCGGUUUUCGGGCGUGACGGAGGAGGACCUGGAGAACGCCUCCAUCACCCUGCGGGACGUCCAGGCUGUCCUCUUGAGCAUGUUCAGCUCGGACACGAUCCUGAUAGGGCACAGCUUGGAAAGCGACCUGUUUGCGCUGAAGCUCAUCCACGGGACUGUGGUGGACACGGCUGUCGUUUUCCCUCACCGCCUGGGCUUGCCUUACAAGCGGGCUCUGCGCACCUUGAUGGCCGACUACCUCAAGCGCAUCAUCCAGGACAGCGUGGAAGGCCACGACUCGAGCGAGGACGCCCGGGCAUGCAUGGAACUGAUGAUCUGGAAGAUCAAGGAAGACGCGAAAGUGAAGCGAUGAUAAAGGAGAGGCCGCCGCCGUUCUUUCUCCUUUGCCUCUUCCGCUUUUACCGGUGCAGUGCAAUAAUAAUAAUGAUGAUAAUAAUAAUAAUAACAACAACAAUAACAGCCUCUGGGGAGCCUGGGCCCUCCAGCAGGCACGUUUCCCCCAUCCUCCUGUGUUCGCCACCCUCCUCUGCAGGCACACUGAGAAAGCGUGUGACCUCGUGAGGCUGGCCGUGACGUCCUGUCCAUCCGCCCCCCCCCCCUGGACCUGUGGCACGGUAGGCCCGCCAGAGAACUCCAGGAUGAAAUCUGGGCGGUGCCUAACUCCGCAGCUCCCCGAAACCCCGUCCCGUUCUCAAACCUCGAAAAAGCAGAAAUGUGGCUUCUCCUUUUGGGGACUUAACAUGGGGCUCCCUGUGCGCUGCCACACGUCGGGAAGUUGGCUGCGACAACUUCAGCAAGCUGCGGAGGCGCUGGCAAGCCACGUGGGGGCUGCGAUCCGGCAGCAGGCCGUCUCCAAACCCGCAACACCAGGGGAGAAGGCAGAGGUGCCGUGCGGUUGGCAGGGCAGCAGAACUGAGUCUGAGUCCCGGCCGUGGGUACGGCAGGGCAUUGCGCUCGCGCCAGGAGCACAGGGGGCCCUCGGUGCAGCCGGCUGGUGCCGAACCGCAGGACAUGGGUCCCCCUGCAAAGAGGGGGGUUCCCCUCGCCCCGUCUCUCAGCUCAACGGACCUCCCCGCUCUCCGCUGCCUGCAUUGUUGGACUCCUUCCUGAGGUAGAGGAUGGCCCCGGAUAGCCGCCUGACCCGGAAUCAUUGCUUGCGCAAGUCCUCUAGGGUGGAAAAUGGGGCAGGGGGCAUGAGCACGGCAGGGUCGCUGCAGGGAGCCUUACGAUUCACCCUCCUUCACAACGGCAAACCAGGGAACUUCCUCCACUAUUCAGAGCAUAUCACACUGAACUUUCAAGCUCAGCCGCGACUUUUUUAAAAAAACACUAGGAAAUGCUUCUUCCUAAUAAAAUUGCUAGCUUUUCUGAAACGCUGUUCCAUGAACGCCCCGUGGGGAAGCUUAACCCAGCUCGCUUGGGGGGGCGACGGGCGACACACGAUGCAGGUGGAAAUCUUUGCCUUGGCGUAUAAUGAGAAAAGAAAAAGGGGUGGUGGUGGUUGAAUCCACCUUCUCCUCCUCAAAUUCACGCACGCUCAGUUAUCCACGAGUGUAAAUAACAAUGUUCUAGGAACGGAGCAAGUUAGAAGACAGGGUGGGUGGUGGGUGGGUUUCCUAUUUAAAGCAAGGGGACAAUUCUGCACUACAAGCUGUUUCAGCUGACAAAACACUCUUCCUUCCUCUGCACACACCCCCCCCUCCCGAAUUGUCAUUUAAGGAGGCCUAAGGAGAGAGCUCUCUUAGAGAGUUCAAAUGUUUCCCGACGCCAUUCAUUCCCUUUAAAUACCAGUUCCCUGUUUCCAUAUUUCUUUGCAGCUCCCAGUCUGCCCUCUUCCUUCCUUCCUUCCUUCCUUCGAGGGUAAUAAGAGGAGAAAGCAAGUCUCCUUGGCCCCUGGGGGGGGAAAAGAAACUUUAUUAUUAUUAUUAAUAAUAAUAACCUUAGUACGACCUCUUCUGCAGUUGACCUCAGCCGUUCCCUGGUUGACGAUUCCCGAAUCUCUUGUUUUGUUAACACUGUACAGUUAAUUAAAAAUGGGCGCUGUAGACUUUGUAUAUGCAGAACUGGUAAAACCUGUUAACACUAUUUUGUAAAUGGUUUUUUUUGUUUUGUUUUUUUAAAUAAAUAAAAAUCCUGGCUAUUUGUGGUAAGCAUGAUUGGUUGUUU